AUUUAAUAAUCAGAAGGGUGGACACCUCACACUGUCCGCGCGGAUUUCACAGCAGGAUAUAUACUGUCCGUUCAUCCCUACUCACCAGUGCGCGCGCGGUAUCCACAACCACCAACAGACUUGGCUACUCAUAAACCAGGUGGUCCAAAGAAGAUGAGAAGAGGAUUACUAUUGGUGGCACUGUUCCUCGUCAUGAAACUCCGAUUGUGCCAGUCCGGAUGCGAGGAGCCAGGGUCGCGCAGGUCAUCGUCAGGUGAAAUCCCAGGUUUAGGUGAGAUGAAGCGCAAUCUUCUGAAGAGGUACAGCGACGUGGACUAUGACAGUUUUGUGGGUCUGAUGGGUAGACGAAAUGCGGAUACAAAUGGUGUACAAUCCCAACAAAAAAGAGAAAUGCAUGACAUAUUUGUUGGACUCAUGGGACGGAGGAAUUCAGAGCCUGGUAACGCUGGUCCCUGGAGGAAAGCUAACCCAGAGACAAAAGGCAUAUUUUACAACAAGUGCAGACUUAGGUUUCGUCGCGGCUUGUAGACGUUCUUCACACUACAGAUGAUGAAACUUAAGUUUCAUUAUUUAUUUUAACCUUUUACAAAAUGAAUUAACUAAACUGACAGAGACAUGCACGAGUUAAUUAAAGCACCUAGGCUUUACAGCAUAAAGUUUAAAGUUUGUAUAAGACGUUUUAUCUGAUAAAAGCAAAAGCUAAAUGAGAACUAUUUCUUUACCAUAGUGUUCCUUUCCUCCAAGAUAAAGUAAACCGCAUUUUUGUAAAUAAAAAUGGAAAUCAACAAUUCUGUUUAUUACUGCUGAUGUGAAUCCGUUUUGGAUGUAUUUCUUAAUUUUUCCGUCCAGGUCAAUGUAAAAUGUUUAUUGUUCUGUGAAUUAUUCAGCUUUGCUCGUCUUAGGAGGGUGCUAUCUUGAGAUUGGAUGGAAACAAGUUACCCACCUCAACAUUUGAGAUGCAUACACCUUAAAUUGUUCUGAAUGCUGAAAUGCAUCAGACAUUACUACAUCAACAGUUUGAAUUUAUUCAAAUAUAAUUUUACAAUCAU